AUGGGGCAAAUUCAUUUGGAAAACAACUUGCCAACACUGCAGAACACCAAGCUUGGUUGGAUCGUUUCUGGAGGGAUGUCAAGCAUUCCAAAUCAUAAGUCUGUCUUAGCUGCCGUUAUUAAGGAUCCAGUCAAUCAUUCUGAUGAUGAAACGCUUACUGCUAUUGUAAAACGAUUUUGGGAAAUAGAAGACGUUAGCUCAGCGAAGCCAGUUGUGUUGCCUGAGGACUUGCGGUGCGAACAACUUUUUAAGGAAAACUGCACUAGGCUUGAGAAUGGUCAAUACUCUGUUCGCCUCUUGUCCGCUUCAGGAUUCGAAUCUUUAGGUGAUUCCUAUUGCCUGGCUCGUCGUCGUUUCAAGAGUUUGGAAGCUAAGCUAGAUAGAAACCCAGCCCUGAAGGUUCAGUAUUCGUCCUUUCUAAAGGAAUUCUUUAAAGUAGCUCUUUGUGGAGACAUCUGCAAGAUGUACCGCUGCGUACGUGUUUCGUACCCGGAUGAUUUUUUGCAGUGCAUCGUUUGGCGAGAAAAUUCAUCGGAUGAGUUGAGUGUUUACAAGCUAAACACGGUGACCUAUGGAACAAAGCCAGCUGCCUUCUUGGCUAUAAGAGCCAUGCAUCAGCUCUCUUAUGAUGAAGAGGAAUCAUUUCCAAUUGGAGCAGAGAUUGUUCGUAGAGAUUUCUAUGUCGAUGAUUUAAUUUCUGGGGGCGAAACGAUUGAAGAGGUGAGAGAAAUUCGUCGUCAGGUAAAGAGUCUAUUGUCGCGAGGACACUUUCCAAUCCGCAAAUGGUGUUCGAAUGAGUCAACUGCCCUCGAAGGAGAGUCGGACUGCGAUAAAGAGCAGCUUAUUAAAUUUCACGAUGGAUCAGAUAUCGCCAAGGCAUUGGGGCUAGCUUGGGACCCUUCUUCUGAUCAGUUCCUGUUCAAUUUUUCUCAGAUAUCGUCAGGUCAUAGAGUCACCAAACGGAUCGCAUUGUCAACUAUAGCCAAAUUUUAUGAUCCUCUCGGGUUAAUAACGCCAAUCGUUACCAAAUCUAAAAUCUUCUUGCAAUCUCUAUGGAAGUCUAAUGUGGAUUGGGAUGACGCAUUGCCAGAGCCCAUUCUUUCGUCAUGGGGGGAGUUGACCUCUCAGUUGUCGAUCGUCCAGAACUUGAAAUUUCCACGAUUCGUAGCGCGUCCGCAAGCGACCAUCCAGUUGCAUGGAUUCUGUGAUGCUAGCACAGCAGCUUAUGGAGCUUGCCUAUAUUUGCGGUCGGAGGACAAUGAAGGCACAAGAGCCUAUCUACUCUGCGCCAAGUCGAGAGUAGCCCCGUUGAAGGCCUUAACAGUUCCAAGAUUGGAACUUUCAGCAGCACUUUUAUUGGCAGAGCUUAUCGUAAGCGUCAAGGAAACCAUAGAUCUCGAUUGCGCCUUUCAUUGCUGGUCUGACUCGUCUAUCGUGUUGGCGUGGAUUAGGCAGCCUCCUAGGGAGUUCAACGUGUUUGUAUCCAACCGAAUCGCAAAAAUUCAGGAGAUGACGAAAGGAAUGUCUUGGCAUCAUGUUCCAACCAACCUCAAUCCGGCGGAUGUCGUGUCGCGAGGCUGUACCCCUAAAGAAUUGCUGGAGCAUUCUCUUUGGGCUAAUGGACCUCCAUUUCUUUUGCAGAACUCAUCGGAAUGGCCUUCCUUGCUUGAUGUAGCAAAGGAUCUUCCAGAGCGUCGUGCCGCGACUCUAAUUGGAACCGUGUGCGUUGACAUUUCUGUUAACUGCAAAUUCCUUAACACGUUUGAUAAGUUGCAGCGUGUAUUUGCGUACGUGUAUCGAUUUAUUUCGAAUUGCAGGUCCAAGCCUCUACUCUCAAAUAGCCAUCUUUCCGUUGAGGAGAUCAACUCGGGGACCGUACUUCUUCUAAGGAGCAUCCAGCAGAUUCACUUAGCCAAGGAGUAUGGAGUUCUUAGCCAGAGCAAGCCGUGUCCACAGAAGAGCAAACUGAUUUCGCUGAGGCCAAUUCUUGGCACCGAUAGAUUACUUCGCGUUGGUGGAAGACUUCAAAACGCAAACUUGGACUAUGAUACGAAGCAUCCGAUAUUGCUUCCCAAGGACCAUCCAGUCACCAAAGCAAUUAUCGUGUAUUUUCAUAAAAAAUACAUGCACGCAGGAUCGCAGGCGUUGCUUGCCACAUUACGACAAAGAUAUUGGCCGAUUGGAGGUCGGAAGUUCGUGGCUAGCGUCAUCAACAAAUGCGUUAGAUGCUUUCGGAUGAGGCCUGUGACUUGGGAGCACGUCAUGGGUAAUCUUCCAGCGAAUCGAGUUCAACCUAACCCAGCAUUUCAUACGACAGGAGUCGACUAUUGUGGGCCAUUCUAUCAUAAAGCAGAGUCCCGGAACAAGGCACCGCACAAGUGCUACAUCGCCGUCUUUGUCUGCUUUUCCACGAAGGCCGCUCACUUGGAAGUCGUCCAGGACCUCACAACAGAUUCCUUCAUAGCAGCUCUGAGAAGGUUCAUCAGCCUUAGAGGCAGUCCGCGAACUAUCUGGAGUGAUAAUGCGACCAACUUUGUCGGCGCCAAGAGCGAGUUAGGCGAACUGAAGGAAUUAUUUUUGAGCGAGCAACAUAUAGCUUCGAUAGCUUCUUCGUGCCUAGCGGACGGGAUAGAUUGGAAGUUCAUACCUCCGCGUGCUCCACACUUUGGUGGCCUAUGGGAGGCCGCUGUCAAAUCGGCCAAGUUUCACUUCUACAGAGUCGUCGGUCCAUCCAUCUUAUCCCUCGAUGAAUUAAGAACUCUUGCUUAUGAGAUUUCUGCUAUCCUUAACUCACGUCCCCUCUGUCCAAUUUCAGAAAGCGCUGAAAGCCUCGAGGUGCUAACGCCGGCGCAUUUCUUAAAGGGUUCCAGCUACACCAAAUUUCCUGAGCCGGAUGUCACGCAUCUCCUUCAAGGCCGCCUCAGCAGAUGGCAAAUUGUGACCCAAAUGCAGCAACUAUUCUGGAGAAGGUGGAGCAGCGAGUAUUUAUCACUUCUUCAGGAAAGGAGCAAAUGGCGUUCCGAAGGAUCUAACAUCAAGAUCGGAAGCAUCGUGUUGCUGAAGGAGGACAACAUUCCAUCAUUGAAAUGGCCACUUGGACGAGUUGAGGAAGUCAUUCCCGGCGAGGACGGCGUCGUCAGAGUAGUUAUGGUCCGUACAGCUACGGGCAUCAUCAAGAGAGCCGUCGCCAAACUGGCCGUUCUGCCCGUCGAUUCCCAACAAGUUGGAACCGUGCCUCUUCCAACGGGGGGAGUAUGUUCGGAGCAGACAGCCAGCACCUAA